GUGGCUAGCGGGCGGACGAGAGCACCGGACCAUCCGCGCAGCCGGUCCGUCCCGGGGGCCGCAGCCCGCAGGGAGCGGGCCAGCUCGGAGACCGCAGAGGGACCACCCGCACCUGGGAGCAGGACCGGGGCUGGGCUUACCUCACCCCUGUCUCUCCCCUUGAACAAGGAUUUCAGUGAACAGCCUUUGAUGAUCACACUUCUGGGCAUACUCUCCUAUGCAUGGAUUUGUCAACUACUGCUCCCAGAUACUUCCUUAUCCUAUAACGCCAGUACUCUGAAAUCUGAGGAUUCCACCAAGAUAAUGUGAUAGGAACUUCUUGUGAUUUGGGGCCACAUCCUACUUAGACUAAUGCAGGCCUUCCAGCUUUCCUGAGAGCUGAGACAGUGGCACGGAAUACUUGGUACUCAGCAUUGGCAAGAAUGCCAUCUCUGCCUCAGGACGCGGUUAUUCGGAGACCUUCUCCCCUGGACCUGGAUACAGAAUCACCUUAUGAAAAUGCAAUGAGGAAAAUCAGAAAGAAGAAGAAGAAGGGAACUAUUACAGCAAAUGUUGCUGGGACCAAGUUUGAAAUAGUUCGUUUAGUAAUAGAUGAAAUGGGAUUUUUGAAAACGCCGGAUGAGGAUGAAACAAGUAACCUUCUAUGGUGCGAUUCUGCAGUUCCACAGGAAAAGAUUUCAGAGCUGCAAAAUUACCAGAGAAUCAACCAUUUUCCAGGAAUGGGGGAGAUCUGUAGGAAGGAUUUCUUAGCAAGAAAUAUGACCAAAAUGAUAAAGACUCGGCCUAUGGAUUAUACCUUUGUCCCUCGAACAUGGAUUUUUCCUGCUGAAUAUACUCAAUUUCAAAAUUAUGUGAAAGAAUUGAAGAAAAAACGGAAGCAGAAAACUUUUAUAGUAAAACCAGCUAAUGGUGCAAUGGGUCAUGGGAUUUCUUUGAUAAGAAAUGGUGACAAACUUCCAUCUCAGGAUCAUUUGAUUGUCCAAGAAUACAUUGAAAAGCCUUUUUUAAUGGAAGGUUACAAGUUUGAUUUGCGAAUUUACAUUUUGGUAACAUCGUCAGAAAAAUAUGAAUAUGUUGUGUUUAAGGAUGAAAAUUCUGCUACAAAAGCAUUAAAAAUAAAUGAAAUCCAAAUUCCAGAUGGGUUUCCCACUAGAGUUGAUCUUGCAUCUGAUACUGCAUCUAGGGAAAAGGGACCGACCCAGUUGUACAUGCAUUUGACAAACUACUCUGUGAACAAGCACAAUGAGCAUUUCGAGCGCGAUGAAACCGAAAACAAAGGAAGCAAACGCUCCAUCAGAUGGUUUACCGAAUUCCUACAAGCAAAUCACCAUGAUGUUGCUAAGUUUUGGAGUGAUAUUUCAGACCUGGUGGUGAAGACCUUGAUUGUAGCAGAACCUCACGUGCUGCAUGCGUAUCGAAUGUGCAGACCUGGCCAGCCUCCAGGAAGUGAAAGUGUUUGUUUUGAAGUCUUGGGAUUUGAUAUUUUGUUGGAUAGAAAACUCAAACCGUGGCUUCUGGAGAUUAAUCGAGCCCCAAGUUUUGGAACUGAUCAGAAAAUAGACUAUGAUGUCAAAAAGGGCGUGCUGCUAAAUGCACUGAAGCUACUAAACAUCAGGACCAGUGAUAAAAGAAGAAACUUGGCCAAACAAAAAGCUGAGGCUCAGAGGAGGCUUUAUGGUCAGACUUCACUAAGAAGACUCUUACCAGGUUCCUCAGACUGGGAACAGCAGCGACACCAACUGGUGAGGAGGAAAGAGGAAUUGAAAGAGAGACUCGCUCAAGUACGAAAGCAAAUCUCAAAAGAAGAGCAUGAAAAUCGGCAUAUGGGGAAUUAUAGACGGAUUUACCCUCCUGAAGAUAGAGCACUGCUGGAGAAGUAUGAAAAUCUAUUGGCUGUUGCUUUUCAGACUUUCCUUUCAGGAAGAGCAGCUUCAUUACAGAGAGAAAUGAAUAAUCCUUUGAAGAGGAUGAAGGAGGAAGACAUUUUGGAUCUUCUGGAGCAAUGUGAACUUGAUGAUGAAAAGUUGAUGGGCAAAGCUACCAAGCUCCGAGGACCAAAGGUGCAGUAUCACUACCAUCUUGUAUUGCGUAACUCCAUGAGACGGUCAGUCAGCUGCCCUCGGUCCAUCUCUGCUCAGUCACCUUCCACUGGGGAAAACCGCCCUUUUUCUGCUCAACAAAUGCUCUCAGCAUCCCGACCAACUUCCGGGGUCCGGUCACAUUCCCUAAACCGUGCUUCCUCCUAUAUGAGGCACCUGCCCCAAAGCAAUGAUUCCAGCUCUACUAACGCGCAGGUGAGUGAGUCCUUACGGCAACUGAAAACAAAGGAGCAAGAGGAUGAUCUGACAAGUCAGACCUUAUUUGUUCUCAAGGACAUGAAGAUCCGGUUCCCAGGAAAAUCCGAGGCAGAAUCAGAACUGCUGCUAGAGGAUGUUUUGGAUAUAGUAAGAACAAGUCUUCGUACAGUACUUCCACGCAUUUGGAGUGUACCGGAUGUUGAUGAAUUAAAUUUAUAUCGGAUUUUCAAUCGAGUUUUUAAUCGAUUAUUAUGGAAUCAUGGCCAAGGACUAUGGAACUGUUUUUGUGAUUCAGGAUCCUCUUGGGAGAGCAUAUUCAGCAAAAGUCCAGAUGUGGUGUCUCCUUUGCAGCUCCAGUGUUGCCAGCGACUGGUCGAGCUUUGUAAACAGUGCCUGCUAGUGGUUUACAAAUACGCAACUGAAACAAGAGGAUCAUUCUCAGGCAUGGGUCCUGAUUGGGGUAACUCCAGGUAUUUACUACCAGGAAGUGCACAAUUCUUCAUGAGAACAUCAACCUACAACUGGAAAUACAGUUCACCUGGAAUGACCCGCUCCAAUGUUUUGUUCACACCCCGAUAUGGCCAUUUUUGAGACAAAAAAGAUCACCCUGGAUUAUGCAUAAUGGCAACUCAUUCUUUCCAAGAGAAACAUGCAAAGGAAGUGACCAUUAAGUGCUAUGUUUUGUAUUAUGACACAUGUGACAAUAUAUACAUGCAGGCACUCAUCACAUAUAUUUAUUAUAAUACAUGAGUGAAGAAUUAGCUGAAAACUGAAUAUAAGAUUAAACCUUUCUGGAAAUAUAAUAAACCAUGUUAAAAUUGUUUACACAAACAUGAGACUGUCUAGAAUUUGCUAGGUUUAUAAUUAAAUCCUUCCUACUAGAAAGGUUAUUUUUUUUGCAGAAUAUAUAAAACAGAAUUGAUCUUAAAGAUCCCAUUACAGUGUUAAAUUAUUUUCUAGGUCACAUGCCUUUUGACUUGAAAAAAGCAUUAAUGGUAUAAUACCUUAUUAAUUUUCUUAUAAUAGUAGCCAUUUAAAAGGAAAAAAGAAAAUAUCUAGAAGCCGGAUAGAUUGCUUGAUAGAAUUAUAUUGAAUGAUGUAUUACCUAGCACACUAUAAUGUACUAUUAAUAUUCCAACCUGACUCUAACAUCUUCACUCCUCUGUGUCAAAAUUUAGCUACCUAUAAUAAUAUGUGCAUUUUUCAAUUAGGAUCUAGCAAGAUCAUAUCUUGAUCUAAAAUGGAAGACAAUCUGUUGGAUUACAAAUAAACACAACCCAAAAUAGAUUUUAUUUUAAAUUUUCAUUGGAGUUCCAAAAAGAAUAGAAAAUAAUGGCAACGAAAAGGUAUUUCUGUAUGAUACUUAGUCUCAUAACAACCCUUUUUAUGCGGAAAUGUAUCUUCCGUGGGCACAUGUGGUCAAAUUCAAUUCUCCUGCUCUGUGGAAGAGCUAACAUGGCAUGUUCAUCUUGGGGUUAUGGGAUAAUAAUUCACACUGAUGCCUCAGUCUCCCCGUUCUGAGGCCACCUCACACCGAUAAGUCUAAUCAGUAGAUUCACACUGCACCUUAGAAAAUGGAACUGAUUGGGAAUAAAGGAUUCCAAUGACUAGAUAUUAGUAGCCAUCCACGUAAAACCCGAGAUAACCCCCAUCCCCAAAACACCCACACUAGAUAUGAAGUUUCUUUCCUCUUCAAAAUGAUUAUGUGAAGCUACAUAGAAGUUUGCUUCCUUUUCUACCUUACAGUUUUGAAAUAAUGAGUGAGCUUUCUGGUUUCCAUAAAAAUAUAAACAGGACUCUUACUGAUAUUGAAAUCCUUAAAAAGUACAACAUGCACCUUUUAGCCAUUCAUUUAAAUUUGUUCCCCCCAACAGUUUUAUUUUCAGAUUUAGAUGUUUUUUCCCUCCAUUUACGAAAAGCUAUUUUCAAUAAAUCCCACAAAUGAUUCUAAAGCAAAAGAACUGAGACAAGGAAACCAGUCUAGUUUAAUUCACAUAUAACCCAAAGUAUUUUGCUUUUAAAGUUAUAUUCUGAGGUUACAUUAGGCCAACAAAUUAGUCUUCUAAAUUAUUGCUAGCUAUGUAAUUCUUUAUGAAAAUGUAGCACACAUAUUCCAGUAGAUAAUUUUUGUUGUUGAAAGCAUCCCAAAGAUUUGCUAUUUGUUUGUAGCAAACUAGGAUAAGGAUGUCUGGAUGAAGGAAACGGUGGUAUAGUCCUUAGUGUUUAUGACUCCAUUCGUGAAUUAUUUUAAUAUGUUCUUGAUGUAUUAGAAUAAAUAAUGCAAAUAGUGGGAUAAUAUAAUUGACCAUCAAGUAAGGGGCAUUCUUAUAUAUUUUUUUUUUCUUGAAAACUCAUGAUUGGGUCAUAGAUAAGACAUUAAGUGUCUGGGAGCACCUGGCUGAUAAUUGAAAUGUUGGUGGUUUAAACUCAUCUAGGGACGCUGAGCAAAAAUUCCUGGCAAUCUCCUCUUAUGAAAAAUAAAGCCAAGAAAGCCUCAUGGGUUAGUUUUACUCUUAUCAUAGUGGGUGGCUGUGAGUUGACAGUUGACUUGACACUCCACCUAACACUACAAACAAAUUUAACCCCAUUUGUUGUAUUAGUUGAAAUAACAAAUGGGUACCUAAUUUGCAAGAGUGGAUACUCUGGAAACCUCUCUCCUUAGUUUUUCAUGUUUUAUUGACAAAGAAGGAAACGUUAACAUGGGGAGAAAUCCCAGCACCCAAACUCCUAAGUAAACAAAAAGGACACCUUAAAAACAGGAGUCAAAUGUUUGAGAGCGCCCAAGUAAUUGAUGAGCAAAUUUCAUUUUUCUUGCUACUUCAGUUUGACCCCAUAUUUAGCACUGUAGUUUUACUGUCCACAUUUGCUUGUCUAUGUUGAACUAGUUUGAGACAGUGAAAUUCUGACUCCUGCCAUGUCCACAUGUAUAUAGACUACACGGUGUGCUAUGGCCCAUGGCUACUGAUUCCCUACUGAGCAACGAAUAGAAGACACGUUAGGAAAGCGUGGAAGUCUCUAGCAGCCAUACAUAUGUUUUAGAGGUAUAAACUAUUCCUUUUUAUUAUAAAUUUUUUAUCUUAGGGUUAAAAUGUAUCAGGUCAAGAGAUAGUACGGGUCUGUCUCUCCUUUAGGAGAGAAAAUAGCUUUAUCUGAAAAUUAUCAGAAGCUGCAUAUUCUUAGCAGGGUUUUUGAUAAUGAAGAAUUUGGUUUACUUACCACAGAAGCUUAUUUUCACUUUGUUAGAGAAAAGAAAAAGCACUGCUCAUUCUGUAAAUUUGAGUUGAGAUGCUUUCCAGAACCACAGAAGAUUGGAAUACUUUCCGGAAUCAUAAGAAGCAACCGCUUUAUUUAAAAAAAUCAUCACGUGAAGUCAUACUUUGAGGCUGAAGAAUAGUUUUCACUUUAAUAUACGGCUUUGUAGAGUAGUUACCAUUUGCUUUAUACAAUCUGUUGAAGGAACUACUGUGAUUUACAUUUUGAUUAUUAUUAUUAGCCUCAAAUUGCAUUUCAUUUACCUUGACUAUAUAGAAGCAAGUAUAACCAGAUCCAAUAUAGAGAUGGCAGUGAAGCUGUCUGCCUAUAAUGCAGCUGAAUACUCACAGUGCUCUCAUGUCCUGCUAUGAUUAAGAUGCAGAGAUGUACACAGACUUUUCCAUGUCUACAUUCGCUUUACAUACAUAGUUCAUAGGACUUCAUCUUACCAAAAACUAAAACCAAACCAAAUGAAACCAACAAAAUAACCCACCUUUUAUAUUUUCAUCUAGUACUUAUACACUUAGAACAUAGUGCCUCCCAGUAAAAUAUUUCACUUUAAUUAUCUUUAUAAUUUGAUAGCUUUAAGACAAUGUCAUUCCAUUAUCUAACUGGACGUGUCAGAUGUUUGAAUAUGAAUUCAAAUUCAAAUACGUUCUUUUUUGUUUUUCAGUUCUCACCCAUCCUUAGAUUUUAUUAAACUAAUUAGUUCUUCCAAUCACUUAUAUAUAGCCUGCCAAAGUCAUUUCGUUUAGAACUACUCUUUAAAUCUAAACAUAUACUUACUUGACCUUUCCAAAAUGCAAAAAAGAAAGAGAAGGGAUAGUGAUAGUUCCAUACCUCCAUUUUCCAGAUUUGUAUAAGGCAUUGCUUCAUUCUUAAAUGCAUGUUCCCUUAAAAUAAUAGUAAAUAUCUCAAGAUGACAAAAAAUAAUUUCCUUUUCUCUUAUAUAAUGCUAACAUAUAUUUUGAGCCUUAAUAUAUUAAGUUUUUGAGUCUCGGGUUUGGGAGUUAAACAAUUAAAAAGUUCAACUACAAUUAUUUGAUUGUGUUGCUGAGAUCUGAUUUUUUUAAAAUUUGUUUUUCUUUUGAAGUGAGAACAUCACAUUUUUAAGGGCUGUAUUUGUUACCUAAAUAGUUUGAGCUAACAUUGAUGUAUGAAUAAAUUAAAAAUUUAAUAACAUAUUAAGGAUCAUAAUUUUAUUAUUUUUUACCCUGCUCUCAUUUUUUUUAACUUGUUAGUUUUCCUUGAAGUUUUGACCUUUGUGUGGACAAAGUCAAGAAAAAGACAGCUUGCCUUUAAAUAUUAGUUUUCGUUGCACUUUAUGAUUUUAUGGGUUUUUUUUGCCACAGCAACAAUAAAACUUAGAUGAAACAUGGUAUUAAAUUAAGUCAGUUUGUCAGAGAAUUUUUAAAAACCAAAUUCAACUCUCUGUAACUAAAAUGCAUUAAUUGUCUGGUUCCUUAAGAACCAACAUACAUAGUCAAAAUAGCAGUUUAGCAACAAUUUGGUAUAUUCAAACUUGGUGCAGACUUUAAGAUUGCUGCGCUAUCCCUUUUUCUGCUAGUGUUUUUUGCUUCAUUAGAAAUGUAUGUAUGAUAUAUUAGGAAAGGAAAGAAAAUCUUCAGGUAACACAUUCUGCAUUACCUGAGCUAUAUUAGCUGAGGAAAACGAUGUAAAGCCUUCAUUCCCUGCCCCUCCCCCCAACUUUAGAGUAAAAGAUAACAUUCAAUACAAUAAUAUUUUCUAAAAUUGUAAGAAUGUGUAUCUUGCAAAAGUAGUCAGGUAAUGCUAGUAUUUCUCUUUCAAAGGUUGACGUUGAUAGUUCUUGGGGCUGAGAUCUGCUGUCCCACACAGUAAGUAGUAUGUGUGGCACAACAUUAUCAUAACAAGGGGCUUGCCAAAGAUUCUGACUUUGAGGAUUAGCUAGGAGGCAAUACCUUUGCUAACAUGCAUCAUGACUCAAAGUGUCCCCAUGUGAUUUACUACCCAUGUAUGAGUACAGAUAUUGUUACGGGAAAUGUGCUUGCAAUGUCAACCCAAUGUGCAAUUAGCAUUGCAUUGUCACGCUUCAGCAUGUGAUCGCUGUAUGGUGAACUUAUUUUAAUUACUCAGAUAUGUAACUAUAAUAAAAUGUUUAACAUACGAAAGCUA